AUGCCAAGGAAGAGGCCGCGAAACUCUAAAGCCCUUUCCGAGCAACAGUUAUCACACACAGUCACACGCUUUUCGUCUUCGCUCCAGCGCCCUGGAUCGUUUACCCCAACCAGCAGCACCUGCGAUUUGCUGGAAAGAGGCGAGGUGUGGCAUCCCAUCGCUGGCCCGGCGAUCGCCAGGGGGUUCGCUUGA